AUGGCUGUCGCUCCAAGCGGACGCGAAGUCCUCCUGGAAGAGCAUCGGGAACACAAUGCCGUCAUGAAAGAAGUUGUCGCCAUCAGCAAGCUGACCAUACCGAUUUUCCUUUCCAUGGUCUCCUGGGUGGCAAUGAAGGUCACCGACACGGCAGUGCUCGGCCAUGUAGGCACCGGAACUAGGUACUUGGAUGCCACUGCACUGAGCGACCUUUGGACGUCCUCAAGUGGAGUCUUCAUUCAAUCCAGAAUCGUGAGCACUUUUUGUGGCCAAGCCUUCGGGGCAGGGAACAAGAUGCUGGUUGGGAUCUGGCUUCAGGUUUCUUACGUUGUACUUCUUUGCGUUAUGCUGCCUGUGGCCGUCUGCUGGAUCUUGACCGGCCCGGUCUUGCAUGCGAUCCACAAGACGCCUCAGGAAGUCUCUGAUGCAAGCUACUACGCGCUGGUGCUCGCCCUGUGCCUUCCCGUUCGCAUUGGCUUCUCUCAGCUGAACUGCUUCUUCAGCUCCCAGAAGAUCAUGAGACCCGCCGUCGUCUGCUCUGUGACCGGCAUGGUUAUGAAUCUGAUCGGAAACUUGGUGCUGGUUCUGGGCCUCGGAAUUCCGAACUGGAGUGGAUUGGGAUUUCCUGCCUGCCCUUGGGUAACCACGUGUGUGGAGUUCAUUCAGCUUUUCGUUUUAUGGUACGUCUAUUGCUACUGGCAGCAGCUGCACAAAGAAUGCUGGCCUGGCUGGUCCAUGGAGCACGUCACCAGAGCCCGAGUGGUACAGUACGUGAAGAUGUACUUACCGGCGGCACUUUCAAUAGGUUCCGAUUUCUGGCGAGUAACAGUGAUUGGCGCCAUCGCCUCAAACCUUGGGCCCGACGAUCUUGCGGUCUUCAACUCAAGCUAUAGAAUCUGCUGGAUGGCCCUGACCUUUCUGGGAGCUUUAGCAGGGGCGGUUGCCACGCAGCUCAGCAUCGCGGUCGGGAAGGGAAGCACUGCGGAUGCAAAGCGUUCGGCGUGGGUCGGGACCGCUAUGGCUCUAGCAAUCCUCGUCAUCACGGGCUUCGUCAUUGUGUGCAUCCCUAGAUCGCUUGCGCGGAUCUUCUCCGACGACCCCGCCGUCAUGGAUUUGUUCGAGUACACUCGAUGGCCGUUUGCGGCAUUCGUCGUGCUGAUGAAUCUGUCAGUCAACUUGGAGAGGAUCCCGAUGGCUGCCGGACGAGUCAACGCCGUGUUUUAUGCUGGGCUAGCGGGCUCAUGGUUGGGUCAAGUUCCAGGUGUAGUCCUUUGCACUGCAUUCUGGCGGAAGGAUCUCUUUGGCCUAUACACCGGCGUUGCUGCUGGGUAUGGCCUCCUUGUCCUUCUCUACGGAGGCAUCGUUCUGUCAUUGGACUGGGAUCAGGUUGUUCACGAGGCCCAGCGACGUUCGGAAACUGCAAAGCCGGCCGCAAACGUGAGCCUGCAGCCAGCUGAUGCCGAAGAAGGCGAGCGAUGA